CGUCAACUGGAGAUGCUAUAUAGAACUGCCGACCAGUUACUGAAAAAUGUUAAUUCAAUUGUUGGCUAAUAAAGUCGUAUUGACUAUGGACUGUUCUCUCUUACUUUGAUUCAUCCUGCGUUGACCCACUAUCAACUGGCUCCACAACCACUAUUUACUAACCAUCAAUACUACUACUACAUAUCAACCCAAAGAUAUCUCAGUUAUUGAAGAACUUCAGAGAAGGAAUUGUCAUCAGACAAGAUGUCGAUAUCCAACCCCGAAUGGCAGUGGAAACGGUCCCGGCCGUCCAUCACGAUCGAGCUGCUCGAUCGGUCAGUGGAAGGCUCCGUGGCGAAACCCUCCUCCUACACCUCCUACACAACUUUGGAUCGAAUCGAAGGGAAAGUCAGUAUCACGGCAGAGACAGAUACCCCCUUCGAUGAGAUCAAGAUCACCUUCGAAGGCAGCGCGACCACCUUCGUCGAACGCGCGAACCCCAUCCCCGGGCAGGCAAAAGCGCUCCAUACCUUCUUAAAGCUUCGCCAGCCGAUCACCGAGAGCGAAUAUCCUACUCCCCGGGUGCUGGAAGGCAGGCGAGUCUACCAGUUCCCAUUCACCUUUGUUGUUCCCGAGCGCAUGCUGCCGCAGAGCUGCAACCAUGACAAGGACCACAUCAAUAUCUUCCACUCACAUACCCAGCUGCCGCCUUCGCUAGGGGGCGACCCGAUCAUAGCCCGCGACGGGAAGUCGACACUCGACGACCUGUCGCCGAAGAUGGCACAGGUGGCUUACAUGAUUCGGGCGGUGGUCACCAAGGAUGAGAACAGUAAUAACAACAACAACAACAACAACAACAACAACGGCGGUCAGGUUUCAUCCAAACUACUGGCAAGCGUGGAGAAACCGAUCCGCAUCAUCCCCACCAUCGAGGAGGAGCCGCCGCUGACUGUCGCCGACCACCCAAGGGACUACUGCACCCGCAAGGAGAAGGUAGUGAAACGGGGCCUGCUGCGCCGUGCGCUGGGCAGGAUCGUCGUCGCCGCCGCCCAGCCCGCACCCCUGCAGCUCCACGCUUGUGAGGGAACGGUGAUGGAGUCCGGCGGCGUGGCAACAGUGCAGGUCCGCUUCGACCCUGUCGGCGACGAACAACCCCCGCCGCUAGGGAAGCUCUGGAGCAAGCUCAAGGUGAUGACCUUUUACAGCGGGACACCCUGGGCCAGUUAUCCGUCCGCCUCGUCCGCACUGGUCUGUGCCCAGUACGGAAAGGGCAUGUACCAGGAGACCAUCCCGUUAUCUUCUCUAUGCGUUGCCUCUGCGCAGUGGACAAAGCACGGCAAUCUAGUCGGCGGUACUCCUCGAACCAGCCGUCAGGGAUCGCUAUGCUCUGAAUCAUCCUUCCAAUCCUCGACUCCUUCUUCUUUUUCUUCUUCUUCCUCUGCUUCUACUACGGAAUCUCUGACUGGACCGUCCGCCCUCAACUCGUCAACGUAUUAUACCACCUCCCUCGUGGUGCCGCUCUCCCUCCCAGACAGCAAAGCCUUCAUUCCAACCUUCCACUCCUGCAUCAUCAGUCGCACAUAUACCCUCGACCUCUCGCUAUCUUUCCAUCCCCCCAACACAUCCUUUCUCUCGCCUUGUGUCUCACUACGGGUUCCUCUGCAGAUCACCGCGGCGGGCUCACAGCAACCGACCAUUACCACCACUACCACCCCCUUGACUGGUGCAGAACAAGAAGACCCCCUCUUCCUCGCCUCUCUCUCUCAAGAGGUCGAGGAGUUCUUUUCCCCACGCAGCGUGGCCCCUCGGACCGGGGUUGAAGAAGAAGAAGCUGAACGGCCAGCGUUUCCUCCACAAUACACUGACGUUGUCAAUUCGGUGGCAUCUGAGAAUACAAGACAGAGAAGUCUUCGUGCAUGCUAGUAUUCUCUUUUCUCUUUUCCUCUUUUUAUUGUCACAGAAGUGAUACCCCAAAAGCAAGACAAAGUAAUUAAGUAUAUAAUAUCUUUACAUAAUGAAAUACUAUGGACAUGGUGAAUGAUAUGA